AACCGGGUUAAUUUGAUUCCUGCCAGUAUAUUUGUAGCAGAAGAAGAGAGAGUUAGCAGCCAAGAACGGAAAUUCAGAUAAAAGUUUAAAAUAGGGUUCUUGGAGGCAUCCACCCUUGGAUCGUUUUAACGCUUCUCCUAGCCCUCCCCUCCCCUCCCCUGUUUGUUUCACCCAGUUCAGCUGAGUUGAUUUAUUUAUUAAGUUGGGGGUGGAUAACAUACAGAUAUCUCUGACUCUAUUCCCUCCUCAUUUUCUAAACCCUCCCUCGCUUAUUUAAAUAAAUAAAUGUAACAAAUUCUCCAAAAAAUAAAAAAAUGGAGGUUCCUGUAUUGACGAGCAUUCACUCCGUUUCUCUCUCCUCCAAAACCGCCCUUUACAUGGAUCGCUGCAGCUUCUUUCGUAAGAGAUUGAAUUGCAAAAAGCGUUGUCGUCUUCGAAUUAAAGUGAGCUCAGAGAAGGAUGAUGAUGAUGGUUCAUUGAGUUUUAAAAGCGACGCUGUUAAUUUUUGCGGGGGAGGACAAUCCGGCGAUUUAGUAGAUGUAAUAAGCAUUGGCAGCAGGAAGGACGCUGUUGUUGAUUUCUGUUUCGACUCGCCUUUACAGUUAUCGUCUUCGCUCCUCCGAUUUUGGAAUAUUCAGACCAAAGAUUCCGUGAAUGUUCAGUUGCAAGAAAGGGUUCUUGAAAAAGAUGUUAAUCCAAGGGUUAUGGAAGUUUCGCAGUUUCUAAAGUUCCCUUCAAAGGCCAUUGUCCUUGUGGCUAGUGCAGGAUAUGGCUUGGAUCAUAUUACAGCAAUUGAUAUUCUUAAAACAAGGAGGUUCGGGAAUGGAUUUACUGUUGCUAUUUUUCUAAAGCCUUUCAGUUUUGAAGGACAAAGGCGCCAAGAUGAGGUGAAAGAUUUGGUAGGAAAGCUUCAAGAGUAUACAAAUUUCUGUAUUGAUAUUGACACUGAUGCACUCCUAAAAAGGGACUUGGUCACUCUAGAUGAGGCCUUGAAGUCUGCAAACAGUGCUGUUUUAUUGGCCAUAAAUGCCAUCUCUAUUCUUGUCUCGGAGAUGCACCAGAAAAUAAUUGAUGCAGUGCAUAAUAAUGUGAAGGAACUCAAAGUUUCAGAAGUUAUAAAAAUACUGGAGAGCUACAAAGAAGCAAAAAUUGGAUUUGGCACUGGUAACAGCAUUAGAAGUUCAAUUAUACAGGCUCUAUAUGAUUGCCCUUUCAUUGGUGCCGGUGUUAAGGAAUUAAAUGGAAUUGUUAUAUGCAUUAUUGCAAGUUCUGUUCUUAUGGACGACAAAGAUGUACAUGCCUCUCUGCUUACUUUCCGACGAACAGCAAAUUACACGGGUGAAAUCAUUAUUUGUACAUCUCAUGAGCCUAAUCUGGAGCCCAACAUGCUGGUAACAACAGUUGUUAUUGUAGGCUGUAUUGAGCAACAGGCUCCUCAGAAAAGCAGCAUAUUCUCCAAACUGGCCCAGCAUUUCCCUUUUGUUUUUAAACUUCUGAGGAUAUCCCACCAAAAACCUUGUGGCAACAAAGGAAAAGAUAUGGAAGAUGCACAGCUAUCGAAGGGGAUAGAUUCACCAGACUCUGGUGUGGUGGAAAACACAAGUUCUGUAGAAGGUUUAGUCAAUGGUGUUGACAAGCACUCCAAGGACUCUGAGAGGGUAUCAGGCGGUGAUUAUGUUGACAUUUAUAGUUCAAGGAAUUACAACAAUGGAGUUGAAGAAGAUGGGGUUGGCCUUUUAGAAGAAGAUACGAUAGAGUCUUCUAAUUUUUACAAUCAAAACAUGGAAGAAACUCCUGCUUUCCAAAGGGAACCACUCAUUAGUAGGAAUAUGGGGCCAGGAUAUCAGAUUGCACAGGAGUGGGCCAAAGAAAGGGCCGGAGCCACUCCAGUGCUUGAUGAUAUGAGCAUCUUCCAACUUCCAAUUGGUGUAAGACCUUCAGAAGAGUCGAAAGGCAGUCUAAACAUCUCAUAUGCCACAGAACUCUCAGAACCAAAAACUGAGGAUGAUUUCAAAGGCCAGACACUUGUUAAUUCAACUAUCCCUUCUUGGGGUGAUGCAGGUUUUGUAGCAGUGAGGGAUUUUUAUAAUAAUGCAUCCACACUGUUAAAGGGUAAAAAUCCUGAUGUGCUUAAAAAGCAAGGAAUUCUUUCUGCUCGUGCUGCAUCUAUGCUGGAAGCUGAGCGAGAUUCACCAAAGAAGUGGAGUCCUAUUAUGGAAAUGCAGUACAGGGGAGGCGUCUACAGGGGGCGGUGCCAAGGAGGUCUGCCAGAAGGGAAGGGCCGUCUGAUCCUUCAGGAUGGAAGCAUGUAUGAUGGCAUGUGGCGCUAUGGUAAGAGAUCAGGCCCAGGUACAUUCUACUUUAGCAAUGGGGAUGUAUUCCAGGGAUCAUGGAGGGAUGAUGUAAUGCAUGGCAAGGGCUGGUUUUAUUUUCAUUCUGGGGAUCGAUGGUUUGCAAACUUUUGGAAGGGAAAGGCCAAUGGUGAAAGCCGCUUCUAUUCAAAGUUUGGUGAUGUAUUUUUUGGCCAUUUCCAAGAUGGAUGGCGACAUGGCCACUUCCUUUGUAUUGAUGUUGAUGGAGCAAGGUAUGUUGAGACGUGGGAUGAGGGUGUUCUUGUAAGCCGUGAGCAAUUGGACUCCGAUAAUGGUGGUGGAUAAAGAUUAUGUACUCUUAUAAUUUUAGUUAUGCUUCUCGUUGAUUUGUUUUUUUUACACUUGCAUGUAAAGCCGUUAUCUGUUUCUCUAGGUUUAGAAGGUAUUCCAUAUGUUUGAAAGUUAUGUCCAGAACCUAGCUACAGCAACUCUGCUAUCCAGUGGUGUUCUUCAACAUCCCUCCCCAGCAACAUGUUCACUAGAAGGUGUAGUUUGUAAAGCAGAUGUGCAUUGAUUUUGUUUUUCCAAUAGCCAUAUUGAUAAAUUCGAAAACAAUGAACAUCUUGUAGGAAAAUGGUUAGUUAUAUAUUCAUCUUAAGAAGACA